AUGUCAUAUGGCACUAGAAACAGGACAGAUGUGACUGAAUUUGUCUUAUUGGGCUUGUCCAGCUGGCUGGAGAUGCAGCCAGUUAUUUUUGGUAUUGUCCUUACCAUGUACUUGGUUGCAGUUAUGGGCAAUGCCCUAUUAGUAAUUGUUGCCCACUUGGACUCCAAGCUUCAGACCCCCAUGUAUUUCCUGCUCAGCCAGCUUUCCUUUAUUGACAUAUUUCUGACAACCAUCACGGUUCCUCAAAUGCUGGUGCACACACUGUCUGUGAAUCGAACCAUCUCCUAUAAUUGCUGCAUGGUCCAACUGUUCUUCUUUAUGGCUGUGGGCAGCAUGGAAGGCCACUUGCUGGCUGCCAUGGCAUAUGACCGCUACAUUGCCAUCUGUGACCCCUUAAGAUACUCUGCCAUUGUCAGCCAUCGCCUCUGUUUGCGCAUAACAUUGACCUCAUGGAUGGUCGUCAGCCUCAAUAGCCUCCUUUAUAGUGUGUUGGUCACCCGCUUAACCUUCUGUGGCAACCAGGUCACCCAUUUCUUUUGUGACAUCACUCCCCUGCUGCAGCUCUCCUGUACCCGACCAGUGGUUAAUGAAAUGCUAAUUUUCACUGAGGGCGUAGCUGUGGUGGUCAGCCCCUUCUUCUUCAUUCUGGGUUCCUAUGCCCGCAUUGGCAUUGCCAUAGCCCGCAUGCACUCAGUUUCAGCCCUGCGCAAAGCUCUGUCCACCUGUAGCUCUCACAUCCUGGUUGUGCUGCUCCUGUAUGGCUCUGUGAUCCGCAUGUACCUCCGACCAUCCUCCAGCUACGACUUGGACCAGGACCGCCAGGUCGCCAUCUUCUACACAGUAGUUACCCCUACACUAAACCCAUUAAUCUACAGCCUCCGGAACCAGGAAGUUAAAGGAGCUCUGCGAAGGCUUUUCAAGAAACUCUGCGUCUUGGGAAACUUCCCACCUGGCUCACAGGCAAAGAAGGAAUGGCAGUACAUCUCCUGA